GGCUCACAGUCCGACCACUGAUAAACAGACCGGAAGGAGACGGUCAGUUAGCUUGUCUGCAGCUGUGUCCAGAUUCAGCUGCGAGUUUCUGCGUCAGUAACGAAGAAUUACAGUUCAACUUGGCAGUUCGUGUUUUGUCAAGCUGCGUCGUUCGUCUGACUUCGUCAAUCUGAGGUGAGUCCUGCUGCCGCCCGUUAAAAGCUUGCUCGGUGAAGCUAACUGUUAGCUAGGUGAGCUAACUGUUAGCUGUGAAGCUAACUUGGUUCUGUGAAUCCUCUUGCAGGUUUUUCACAGUUCAAACGUUAAUAAAGUGCUUUAAAUCCACCGGAACCAGCACAACAAACCUCGAUGUUCCGUCUUUUCUUGCUUCAUUUGUCGCUGUGUCGAUAAAUCUGCACGAUACUGGAACAACUGACAGAAAACAUUUAGCUUUUCUCUGCUACGUGUUGUUAAAAUGCAGGAAUCUUCAGGAGGUGAGUUCAGUAAUUCUGUUUGGAAAACAUGAGUCAUUCCAGACGGAUAUUUUUCGGGCAGUACAUCUCCAGAUGAAAUAAAAAAUAAUAAAAAAAAAAAAGCAGUUUGGAAUCUUUCUCAUAUGGUGUAAUUUGACAACAGCAAAAGAGUUUGUUUUUCAAGAACGAAACUAUCAGAGAACGAUUUCCGGUUCUUUCUCCAUCUGAUUUUAUGUCCAUUCAGCUGAUGAGGGCUGCACCGCUAACAACAAUAUCAGAAUUAUUAUAAUUUAUUUUGACACCACUAUUAUUUACCAUGUAUUGAUUUUAGAGUCUUUUCAACAGACUUUUACUUUGAUGUUGAGCUACAUUCCUGCUAAUAAGCAAACAAAAAAUAAUGUUCAGUUAAAUCAGAGCGUCUCCGAAAAGCGAAUUAAAAAUCAGUAGCAACAGAACUUGAACAUCUGCUCAUCUGCAGACACCGCAGUUUCCCUGAAGGCCUUAAAGUCAUCAGCAGCUGCUACAUUUUCCAGAUGUUCCCUAAACGCCUCACAGUCUGUGUGCACAGAGAAGCUUCAAGUCUCCAUCAGUGAAAUGAACCUGAGACCAGGAAACGCCGCGAGCGUUUCUCCACAUCCUCCCGCCAUGUCUCACAACUACCCGUACAGACGGUCUGACACCGACCUCCGUCCUGAUCCUGGACCUUACAGCUCCGCAGACCGCCAACACCAGUCCAGCGACUUUUACAGGCCUCAGGAGUGCGUCUCCUACCCGUCGUCUUCCUCCUCCUCGUCCUCCAGGGCGGCGUCACAGGACGGCGUUGUGAGCAUCCUGAGCAGCUGCGGUCUGGAACCUGAAGAUCUGGGUCUGCUGGCCGAGCUGCCGGAGGACGUCCUGACCGUGGAGUCGCUGCCGCACAUCCUCAAACAGAUCAAAAGCAAAAGAGGCACUGUCAAACCUUUCCCAUCCAGCGCUCCAUCAUCAUCAUCCUCUUACCCCACAGGCUCCACCCACCGACCCCCCAGCAGCUUUGAUCAGUUCCACAACCAGCCGGUCCAGUACCCGUUGCACCUCAUACCGUCCACUUCUCUUCCAUCUAAUCAGGACCACCGGGACUCUUCCAGGACCCGCAGAGCAGACGCUCCAUCAUCCUCAUCCUCGGGCUUCUCGGUGGGCUACCAACACAGAGCAGGCCCCUCUGACUAUGGUAAGACUGGUCCAGGUCCCUCUUUCAGCCCAGCAGAACAGGGAAGCAGAGCUCGUCCUUCUCGCCACUCUGAAGCCCAACGGCCCGAUUCCCGAGCAGCUCCUCCUCCCACAGCCAAACCCCAGGAGGGGCGGCGCGAGUCCGGCUCUUCUUCCAGCAGAAGCGUCCGACCCUCGGCCUCCACGCCCGUCAUGAAACAAGCUCUGGACUUCCACGGGACCACUCCGCCGGCGUACCCGUACUCGUGCUCUCUGUGUCAAAUCACUGUGCUGUCAGAGAGGGUUUGGAUCCAACACAUCAAUGGCACCCUGCAUGCAGACGGACAGCUCAGCCUCCUGCAGCAGUUUCCUAACUGGGACUGUCGCAUGGAAACCGUCAGCAGGGAGGACGACCAAUCGGAGAAGAGGAGGGACAAUAAGAAACCCUCCCCGCCACAGCAGACGUCCAAUCAGAGCCAAACAUCGCAGACCAACCAGAAGCUGCCGAAGACCGCAGAUAAAGGAAAAGUGGUUUGUGUGAAGUUUCCGGCUGAGUCUGUGGACGAGACGUAUCUGAGGAAGCUGACGGAACCGUUUGGAAAGAUCCUCAAGAUCCUCAUGUUUCCAUCUUUAGCGUUCUUGGAGCUCGGCACUGUGGACCAGGCCAAAGACUUGGUGAAGUUUCACGUCAACUAUCCCCCGACUGUGAACGGAGAGAAUAUCGAGUUCAGCAUCUCCAACACCUUCAGCUUCCUCCAGAGCUCUCAGGUGGUGAGUUUCAGUCCAGCUCCAGCCGGAGAAGACGGACGGUCAGAUCUGCUCAGCAUCGUAAAACGCUUCGGCCUGCCGCUCUACACGCUGUUCCUGCCGUCUACGUCGUUUGUCGAGAUGAAAAAUGUUUUGGACGCUCAGAAGCUGGUUGAUUAUUAUUCGACCAACACUCUGAGGAUCAACGGCGACUCCAUCAAAGUCUCGUUUUCCGGAGAGUUCAAGAGCCUCAUGAAGGUUCCAUCUGCAAAGAGGUACGAGGAGGAACCCCGUUCAGCCAAGAGGGCGAGGAGUUCAAGUCGAGAGAAAGACGAGAAGUCAGGGACCAAGAGGACGAGGAGGGAAUCCAGCAGAGACCGCAAGACCAGGUCCAGAUCGAGAGAAAGAUCCAGCCGACACCGGAGGAGUAGAUCCAGAUCCAGAGACAAAUCCAGCAGCACGUCCUCCAGGAAGAACAGGUCCAGAUCCAGAGACAAGUCAAGCCGAAACAGGCGGACCAGAACAAAGUCCAGGUCCAGGUCCAAGGACAAAUCAAGAACAAGGUCCAGGUCCAAGGACAAAUCAAGAACAAGGUCCAGGUCCAAGGACAAAUCAAGAACAAAGUCCAGCAGAGAGACCAGAUCCAAGUCCAGGGAAAAGUCAAACAGAGAGAAAAAGAGCAGAUCCAAGUCCAGAGAGAAGACCAGCAAAGAGAAACCAGGGUCCAGUGACAAGUCCAGUACCGGGUCGUCCGGGAAAAAGACGGUGGAAUCAGAGUCCAGGUCUGAAGAUGAUCCGGCUUCUCUUAGCGCCUCCAAACCUGAAGCUGCAGACACAGAGCAGACAGAGGAGGAAGCAGAGGUUUCUGCAGAGGAGAGCGACAUCGAGGGGAUGGAGGUGAUCGCAGAGGACGGACAGGAUCUGGAGGAGGAGGAGGAGGAGGAAGAAGAGGAGGAAGCUGCUGAGGAGAAGGACAGUCCACAGUCACUGGAACAAGAUGAGACGGAUGAAAAGACUGAAGAUAAGGUGGAGGAGGAAGACGGUUGUGGGAUGAAGAAGGAAGAAUCGGAGGAAACGGCAGAGACUCAGGAGGAUGAGGAACCAGACUUCCCAGUAGACCUGGAGAACUGCAUCACUCUGGACGAACUGGACGAAGACAAGUCUGAUGAAGAUGACAGAGUCCAAGAUGAUCCAAAGCCAGUGCAGUCCAGCAGAGUGCUUUGCUUUACCAACCUGCCACCGCAAUUCCCCACCUCCGAGUUCCUCAGUCUGGUGAGAGACUUUGGGACAGCGGUGCGCUACAUCCUGAUCCAUGGCCAACAAGAGAGUUUCAUCGAGAUGUCGAGUUCAUCAGAGGCCUCAAAAGCUGCCAGAGAGCUGACCCUCAAACCCCCCAUCAUCUUUAACAACUUCAAACCCAUCGUCUGCCUCUCCUACAAAUACCACCGGCUCAGCAACGGGACCUGUGUACCGUUGGACAAAGGCAGCAGCAGGAGGAGCAAUCGCCGAAGUCCAAGCAGGAGGAGCAUAUCCAGAACUUCAGAUCAGGACGAAGCCGACAAGCGGUUGAAGAGGAAGGAGUCCUCGAAGAAGUCAGCAGAGAAAGAGUCAGCAUCUGAAAAGACUAUAGAACAAUCAACUCCUGAAAAGACUCCAGAAGAAGAUUCAACAUCAAGAAAGACUCCAGAGAAUGAGUCUUUGAACAAAAAAGUGAAGAAAAGGACCUCGAAAACCCAUCAGAGAAGGAUGAUGCUGGCAGAAACACGCCAGAGAAGAAAACAAGUCCAGAAAGCGAGACCCAAAAGAGAAGAAACUCCGGAGGACGACUCAGUGUCCCAAGAAACCCUGAAGGCAGAAUCAGCAAAAGACGAAAAAGAUCUGGAGAUAAAACAGGAACCGGAAGAUGAUCAGCUGGAAGAGAAACUGUCAGAGGCGGAGGAACCGAGAGAUGAAGAAAAGACAACUGAAGUUUGUUUGGAGUCUGAAACGUCAGAGUCGGAGGUGAAAGAUUCAGAGAGUCCAAAUCCUCCAGUUGACACUGGAGAUGGUCCAAAACCUCAACCUGAACAGAACGAUGACGCUGCAGCGGAGACGGAGCGACGGCCCGAACCCGAAAAAUCUGCCAAACCUGUUGGUACGGAGUUCGUGCGUCCCGUCGUCGGUUACUUCUGUAAUCUCUGUCAGCUGAUCUUCGCUGACGAGGACGAAGCCAAACAGCAGCACUGCAGCAGCCCGACGCACUACAGCCGAUACCAGGGGCAGACGGGGAAAGAUCCGUGGACGAGCUGAAGGAGGAACUCUGCAGAACGUCAGAAAGUCUUUAAGAAGAUCUGAACUCAAAGACAACGUCUGAGGAAACAGGUUUAUUUUCUAAAACAUGAAAAUACAGAAAAUACGGAGCGAGAGAAGUGACAGGAACAGUUUAAAGCAGCGAACCGGCUGGAACUACUUCCUCACCGCAUCCAUCCACCCUGCAGGCGGAAGGAUACACGUAAUUAAAAGAAACGUCUGGUUUUGUUCAAAGAUGUUCAGUUUUCUGUCGUAAAGAGGACAAAAAACUAAUAUUCAAACGGUUGCAGCUCCAGAUGGUUCACUGGUGGACAUUGAGUCAAAACAGUAAAGAUAAUUCUGACUUUUCAAAAACAAGACCAAUAGUAGCUUAAUGACUUUAUGGAUGAACCGAUCAGCUGUCUGGUCUCUUAAACUCUCAGAAAAUGGUGGAAAACAUCUUGUUUUUUUCCAAAGAUGUUCAGUUUGCUGUUACUGACGAUGAAAGAAACCAGAAAACAUUCACUUGUAGGUAAACCUUUUUUAAGCUACAUGAUGGGACUAUUUCUCCAGAGCGUAUCCUUCCGCUUUUUGUUAGAAGGAUACGCUCUGUGGAAGUAGUUCCACAGACGUGUUAGCUUUUUUAGAUGCAAAAAAAUGUUUUAAAGACAAAACAAAUAUUUCCUCUGCUGAAGCUACAACGGACAGUCUUUAAUUCUUUGAAUAUUGAUCGGUAGUUUGGACUUCCUGUUGCUCUGUUUGAUCAGUAUUAGAGCUGAUAAUGAUCGCUGUAGAGACGGGAGGAUUAGAUUUUUUUUAAAGUUUUUUUCCCCAAACAGCUGCUCUUGUUUGCGACUAUCAGAGUCUGAGUUUGAAUUUUAUUGUGAAAUAAAAACAGGAAGUUGCCUCGUCACGCAGUCGUCUUCCUCCCCUUCUUCUUCUCUGAUCUGGUUUGUUCCUUCUCCAGGUGUUUCUGAAACGACAGGUUUUAUUUGUCUGUUAGUUUUAUUUAUUUUGUAAACGGAUCGUGUGACUCCAUCCGGUCGAUGGUCUUUCUGUUGUUUUUUCACCAAAUAAAGAAAAAGAAGAA